AUGGCCGGCGUCUUUGACCUCGUCGGCUCCCUCCUCGCCGCCCUCUUCUCGAUUCCUAUCCCGUUGCUGCUCCUGGGCUUUACGACCCUCGUUGCCGUCGCCAGCAUCGCCGGUUAUCUGCUCCUCUGCCACAUUGCGCCCAAGCCAAGACUACCCUUUCCUUCCGAAAAGACCUACCAGACAAGUACUCCUUCGACCGGCGCCAGCAAGGACGCAGCCGUUGUCACACGGCCGCUGCCUUGCUGGUACGACAAGUGGCUAGCAGAGCGGCACCUUGCCGAGACGGCCAAGGACAGCGACAAGAAUGCCUACAGCCUCGGCGCCAUUGAGCCCGCGGAGGUGGGCUUGACCGUUGUAGUACCCGCCUACAACGAGGCCAAGCGCAUCCUGCCCGCCCUCGAGGAGAUGGUUGACUACUGCGACAAGCGCUUCGGCCGGCCGAAGCCGUCGACCCAAAGCCGGUCAAAAUCGGGCCAGCAGACGCGCAGGCCGACGGCCGCACCGAAGCGCAAAAAGGCCCCGUCUGCCGCCGUGCUCUACGACUUUCCCGCCGACCGGGCCGACUCCAACGGCACUGCGUCGACGUCGUCGUCCCUCGACGCCGAGCUGCCCUCUGGCUACGAGAUUCUGAUUGUCAACGACGCCAGCAGCGACAACACCGUCCAGGUCGCCCUGGACUUUGCCCGCGACCGCGGCCUGCACGACGUGCUGCGCGUCGUCACCCUUGCCAAGAACCGCGGCAAGGGCGGUGGCGUCACCCACGGCCUGCGCCACGCCCGCGGCGCCUACGUCGUCUUUGCCGACGCCGACGGCGCCUCGCGCUUCAGCGACCUGGACAAGCUGAUUGAGGGCUGCGAUGUCGUCGUGGACGCGUCCGACCGCGGCGUCGCCAUAGGCAGCCGCGCCCACCUCGUCGGUAGCGCCGCCGUCGUGCAGCGGUCGGCGCUGCGCAAUUUCCUGAUGAAGUCGUUCCACUUUGUCCUGACCAUCCUGACGCCGCCCGCCACCUCGCGCAUCGGCGACACCCAGUGCGGCUUCAAGCUGUUUAGCCGCAACGCCCUGCCCCACAUUGUGCCCUACAUGCACACCGAGGGCUGGAUCUUUGACAUUGAGAUGCUCAUGCUGGCCGAGUCGGCGCCCGCGACCCCCGUUGUGGCCCACGACGGCAGCAUCAUCGGCACCAGCGCGGGCAUCAAGGUCGCCGAGGUGCCCGUGGGCUGGCACGAGGUCGACGGCAGCAAGAUGAACCUGGUCCAAGACAGCAUCCGCAUGGCCAUGGGUCUGACCGUGCUGCGCGCCAGUUGGAUGCUGGGCGUGUACCGCCGGCGGUUGACUUGA